AUGGAAACCGAAACGGAUAACUCAAUAUCAACGCCUCCUAUUGUGAUUGCUUUGAAAUACGACAUAACAAACGAAUCCGAUCCAGAUCCCUUCCCACCAGGAUACAUCGCCAUCCUCUCUAAGAAAAUCCUGUAUGACAAGGAGUCGAAGGAUAUUACAGUGCUUAAUUUUGAGAAGCCGGGGACUGUAGACUCGGAAGAGGAACUGAGGAGGUUAGAUAAUGUCGAGUUGGAGUUUAUCUUUGGGAGGGAGAUGGCGGCUGAGUUGAAGGGUUUGUAUGAUGGACAGAGCCAGGGUGAGAUUUCUGAUUCUGCCCUAUUCCUAUAUAGCCCAACCCUGCCCUUCCAAGCCAUCCAUACCAAAAUCGCCAUGAUGACCAUCCGAGUCCUAACCAAGCAAUUCUUUCCCCCAGUUUCAGCCUCAUUCAAGCGCACAGUAACCCAAUCCCCCAUCAUGGGCACCCCGCGCAUCAUCAACGCCAUUAAACAAGACCACCGCGAGAUCGAGUCGUACUACGACCGUAUCACAAAGUCAAACGAUAAGAAUGAGCAGACCCAGUACCAGAAUUUGUUUACAUGGGAACUUGCCAGACAUUCUAUUGGCGAGGAGUUGGUUGUUUAUCCGGCGUUUGAGAAACAUAUCAAAGAUGGUGUUGCUCUUGCGGAUAAGGAUCGGAAGGAACAUCAAAGCGUAAAAGAACAACUCAAAAAAUUCCAAAACCUCAAACCCACCGACCCAACCUUCCUCCCCACAAUCCAAUCCCUAAUGAUAGACCUCUCCCAACACAUCCACGAAGAAGAAACCUCCGACCUGCCCCAACUCGAAGCCGCGCUGUCCGACGAAGACAGCCGAAGUCUGAGCAAGACGUUCGGACGGACGAAGAUGUUUGUGCCGUCAAGGAGCCAUCCGAGUGCGCCGAGUAAGCCGCCGUAUGAGACGGCGGUGGGGCUUAUGACGGCGCCGAUUGAUCAUUUGGCGGAUAUGUUUCGGCAGUGGCCGGAUACGGCGACGAUGCCGAAUCCUAGUACUAAGUGAGGUUACUUUGGGGUUGGGGGUGGGUUUGUGGGGGUAAUGUGCCAUUGAUGUUUUGAAGGAUGUAUGACAUUGUAAUUAUGAAUGACAAAUCUCU